CACCAAUCAGACAGCAUAUCUUCGUCCGGAUAGAGAAGGCACGGGAGCAUUCAGAGCAAAGAGUCCCGGGGAAUGCUCGGCUAGUCUAAGCGAUGAUGCCGACGAUAGCAGCCCCAACGUGGAUUCUACUGUUGCUUGUAGCUUGCUACAUCUCACUAUGCACAGCGCAGAUAUAUCAGAGAAGAGUCUGUCCCACGGUGCUAACGUACAAAUCACACAGGGAAUGCAAGGGGACCGUUCAUCUUUGUAACUCGGACGAUGAGUGUAGUCCCGGCGAGCGAUGCUGUCCGCAAGAAAACGAGUGUCCUCUAAAAUGCCGAAAAACUGUCAUAACAAAGGGCUGCCCUAUUCCUAUCGAUUUAGCUCUUCUUCUAGACUCAUCGGGCAGUAUAGGAAGGCGUAAUUGGGUCAAGGUCCAAAAGUUCGCCAAAUCCAUUGUUGACAUCUACGAUAUCUCGGAACAAGGCACCCAUUUUGCUAUCAUCGCAUAUAGUACAAGCGCUGUUGUCGAGAUUGCAUUUAACAAAUACACAGGAGUAGAGCGAAACGCCGUUAACAUAAAGAGAGAUAUCGACGAGUUCAAACUGCAAAGGGGUCUCACGUUCAUCGACAAAGCCCUCGCUCUAGCCGAUAGCAAAGUUUUUACUGUAGAAGGCGGCAUGAGGACAGACAGGAAGAAGGUAGCUCUCGUACUGACAGACGGAAUCCAAACCAAGGACCGCGGCCCAUUCACACCACCGGGGAUAGCGUCCGGCCCUCUAAAGAUGAAGGGUGUUGAGGUGUACUCCCUGGGAGUAGGCAGCGACAUUGAAGUUCUCGAGUUGAUCACGAUGGCAAGCAGUGACAUCAAUGUGUACAGUGCAAGGAAUUUCGACGAAUUAGAAACAAAAGUAGCUGACAUUACGCAGGCUCAGUGUAAAGCUUGUGACCAAAGGGUAGACGUUGUGUUUGGCAUUCCUGACUCCAGUGACUUGGGCCUGGAAUUUGAUAACAUUAAGAAGUUCUACACGAGGCUGGCUGGACUGCUGACGAUAAGUAACCGUCUUGCGCAUGUCGGCAUUGUACGGUAUAGUGAUACCGCUGACAUGAUCCUACCGUUGGAUGAAAGUUACUACAGAGAUAGCGUCGUGAAUAAGAUAUCCAAUAUAAAGCUGUCAGGUACUUCGGGUGUCGACCCCAGUAAAGCGAUCCAAGUUGCGGCCGAUCAGGCCUUCACGAUGUUUGGAGGCGUUCGCCAGGUCGUGCCAAAGACUUUUGUCUUGUUCAUGCCUAGGGAAGCAACUGUUGAUAGAAGUGUCGUUGAGAAGGCAGUGGCUAAGCUAAAAAGCAUAGGAGUACGACUUAUGACUGUUGGCUUGAAUAAAGUCAUCAGCAAGGAUAGGGACAUGUACAAUACCCUCUCUUCUCAACCUAAAAUCCGAUACGUUUUAUCUGGUUUCGAUCAUCCCGAGUUGGGUAUUGCCGCUUAUGAGGCCGCUGACACUAUUUGCAAAGGUCGUUAUGGAAAGUGUCCAGCCUACAAACCGGGAUUAGUGGCGGAAUGUCCAGCUGGGGGCGAGAAGGAUGGUUGUUCCGUUGACUCAGACUGCGCCAGCAAAGAUGACAUGUGCUGCGAGGGUGAUUGCGGUGAACGAAAAUGCACUCCACGCGUCAAAAACUGUUUCAUCACUAUGGACGUUGCCCUUGUCAUCGAUUCAUCAGCGGCUGUCAGCGACGAAGAUUUCGAAAAAGUGAAGAAAUUUGCUAUCAGAAUCGUGCACGGAAUAGCAGACGCCGAAAACUCCAUCCACUUCGGCCUGGUCCAGUACGGCGAAAAAGCCACAACAAUAGUGGACUUCAACAAAAUUAUGCCAAACUCGGCCUUGAGGGAGACUAUCAAAGCACUGACAAAGAACAACGACCCUACGCGACGCGUAGACCUUACGCUGGAGACAGUCAAAAAGGACCUUUUUAGCUUGGAGGGCGGAAUGCGACAAGGCCAUCCCCGCUUUGUAGUCUUCAUCACUGCAGGAGGCACCGACGCGGCUUCCAAGGACCUGGCUGUUGCAUCGAAACCCUUACGAGACCUCGGCGUUAAUAUCAUUGCCCUCGGCAUCAACAGUGGCGUAGACAAGGCCUUUUUGAACAGUCUUGCGACCAAGUCAAGUUUGGCAUUUUCUGCAAGCUCUGCGGAUCAGCUAGGGGUACAGAGAGAAGCCGUCGAGAAGGCAAUGUGUAGUGCUAAGCCCGGAAAAUGCCCACCACCAUUCAGCACCGGGUUCUGUCCCGAUAUCACCGAUGUUCCAUCAGACCAAGUUCCAUGUGGUCCCUCGAUUAACGAUCCUAAAGGGAAAUCUAACGACUGGGAAUGUCCUGGAGAGCAGAAGUGUUGCCUAGACAUCAGGCAGGGAUGCUUUUCGGUAUGCACGGACCCGCCCCUGUACUGCGAGGGCCAGUACGAUCUGACACUUCUCAUAGAAAACUCGGACGAUGUCGGUGCAGAUGGCUUUAACAAGCUCAAAACAUUCGCCAAAGACCUCACUAAGUCAUUCUCCGUGGCCGACUACAACACACGGGUAUCUGUCAUUACCUACGGCGGCCCGGCUAAGGUGGAGUUCACCCUUUCGUCCCUCGGUGCUUCCAGCUUGAGGCAGAAGGUUAACCAGGCAAUUGAUGCCCUGAAAUUUAGUGGUGGAGCCGGCGGUGGGGUCAGCAAUGCUCUUGAAAAGGCGGUCAGUGAUAUAUAUACUGCGGCCGGUGGUUCCCGUGACAGCGCUAACAAGUCCUUGAUAAUUAUUGGCUCAGGAAAAGUAGAAAAUCCAGCUGGCGCCACGAAUCUCGCUAACCAGCUCCGCCAAGCUCAAGUUGACAUCUUUGCCAUGCCAGUCGGCGAAGGCAAGGACCUCGCGGCUCUGAAAACCAUAGCGUCCAAGAAAGUGGAGAAGAACAUCUUCGUCACGUCAUCUUACCUUGCGCUUAAGGCUCAUCUGAGAGCUCUUACAGAAGCCGUCUGUGAGGGCGCCGAGAAACUCAGACCAUGUGAUCUCCCUCUGGAUAUCGUGUUUGGCAUCCCGACUGCCUCAUCUCUCGAAGGUGACUUCAAGAAGAUCAAGAACACCUUCACCUCGUUGCUGAAAUUCUUCAAGGUGAAUAAUCGCAAGGCCCACCUCGGCAUAGUGGAGUACAGUGACGACGCGCGCAUGACCAAACCACUGGACCAAGAGUACGACCGAAAAGAGCUGAUUAAAGUCAUCGAUGAGAUACAACCCUCAGGAAACGGAUUCAAUGUUGCGGCCGCCAUGAAACGCGCCUCAGACCAUGCCUUCACCAUAUUUGGUGGCGUCCGACAAACAGUCCCCAAGACAUUCGUCUUGUUCGUACCACGUGACUCAACCGCUGAUAUGGCCGAAGUCAACAAGCAGGCUCAGGCAUUGAAGGCCAUGGGGGUACAUAUCGUCUUAUUCGCAGUUGAUAAGGUCACUAAUCUGGAUAAGUGGAAGACGAUCGCGUCUCAGCCCGCAAGGAGGUUCUUCAUCGGAAACACUUUUGACGACAUCGCGGGGCAGAUUUAUGAUGCUAAGGAGACGAUAUGCAAAGGUCGCUACGGCAAAUGCCCCCCGUCCCCUCCCCCCUCGUGUGCAGACCCUGAAGACUCAUGCGCACUGGACUCGGACUGCCCUGGAGAUGGACAAAAGUGCUGUGCAGGGGGGGCAGGGUGUGGCCGUAGCUGCCAGCCCCCAACAGACACUUGCUUCGUCAAUGCUGACGUCGCCUUCGCCAUCGACAACUCUGCAGCUGUUACAGACGGCGAUCUCACCAAAGUAAAGACUUUUGUCAAAGAUCUCAUCCAUGCUCUGGUUGGCUCUGAGAACAGCAUGCACAUUUCCGUGUCCGGUAUUGCGACCAUUGCCGAUGUCAAGGCCAAUUUCCGGGCCCUCAUGACUGAGGCCGAUUUAAAAGCAGCUGUGGAUUCCAUCACCGCCAGCAGCAACGCCACCAACUACGGGGAGGCGUUAAAGGGGAUCAAAGAAAAAGUGUUCAGCUUGGAAGGCGCCAUGAGGCAAGGUCACCCGCGCUAUACCGUCGUGCUGUCGGGGUCUGGGCCUGGUGGCAGUGAUUGGCAGAAAGCCGCGCAGACUCUAAAGGACAUGGACUGGAUGAAUGUGAUUGGUGUCGGUGUGAAUUCUGGUGUCCCGGAUGACUUCCUGUCCUCGCUCAGCUCAAGCGGUCUUAACUUCAAGGCGAACUCUCCAGAUGACCUGAGCAACAUCCGUGGACAAGUUGAGAAGGCCUUUUGUAACCCUAAACCUGGCAAGUGCCCCCCGGGACCAGCGGGAGAGUGCAAAGCUGAUCCCCCGCCAAGAUAUAUCCCUUGCGGCGCCUCCGCCGGUGGCAGCUCGGACUCUGAUUGGCCGUGCCCUGGAGAACAGAAAUGUUGUCGGGUCAGCGGUGACGCGGGUGAAUGCUUCUCAGUGUGCCAGGAACCGCCAAACGAAUGUAAAGGAACCCACGAUCUCACGCUGCUCUUGGAAUCGAAUGAUGAAGUUGGUCCUGAGGGCUUCGAGAAGGUCAAGACCUUCGCCAAGCAGCUUGUCUCCGCCUUUGACAUCUCGGACAAGAAGACCCGCGUGUCUGUUGUGACGUAUGGCGCCUCGGCCAAGGCUAAUUUCCGGUUUAACACGAUUGCGAUGGCGUCAAAGGACAAGAUCUUGGAUGCUAUUGACAAGCUGAGGCACGUGCCAGGUGGUGCGUCCUCUACGGGAAGCGCUCUGGAGACGGCCUUCAAUGACGUCUAUAAACCACCAUUCGGCUCAAGGGACGACGCUAAUAAAUCAUUAGUCAUUAUCAGUCAAGGAAAAUUCUCAGACCCGAACAAGGCUGCGAGGCACGCCUACCAGUUACGCCUCGACAACGUCGACGUCUUUCAAGUGGCUGUUGGUGGUGGCGAGGACCUCCCUUCAGUUAGACGUGUUGUGUCACACAAGCACGACAAGACCGUGUUCAUGACGUCAUCUUACGACGCGCUCAAGCCUCACCUCAGAGCUGUCACGCAACGCGUCUGCGAGGGCGCCGAGAAACUCAAACCAUGCGACCGACCUCUUGACAUCGUGUACGGUAUCCCUGUGGCGAGUGGCGCAAACAUGCGCGAAGUCAAGCUCCUUUUCAACAGUCUGACGCGUCGGUUCGUGGUGAACAACCGCGCGGUGCAUAUCGGUCUGAUGCCAUACAGCGACACUGCGAUACUUGACACGCCCAUUGACGGGGAUUACGACGCCUCGAGCAUCAUGAAAAAGAUUGAUAUGCUAAAACCACAAGGCAACGGGUACAAUGUCGCUAGGGCCAUAACAGUCGCAGCAGACCACGCUUUUACCAUAUUUGGUGGCACCAGACAAACAUCCCCCAAGACCCUGGUGCUUAUGGUCCCAGGGGCCAUAUCCGGGGAAGCCGCUGCCGUCAGAGCUGCGGCCGAUAAGCUGAAAGGCAUGGGAGUGAGGCUGAUGGUAUUCGGGUUGGACGGUCAAGCUGAUAAGGGGUUAUUGAGCGGUGUUAGUACUCAACCAACAAGGAAGUUCUUGCCUUUUGGUUCCUAUGACUACCUGAUUGCUGCCACAGAAGCUGCCGCUGACACCAUUUGCGCAGGCAAGUACGGCAAGUGCCCUAAGGUCCCACCGCCAGCCGAGUGUCCAGACAAGCCGUCAAACACCUGCCAGGUGGACAUGGACUGCGCGAAUGAGGGCGAGGCGUGUUGUUCUACCGGGUGUCCUGGGAGCACAGCGUGUACAAAGAGCUUCAAAAAUUGCUUUGUCAAUAUGGACAUCGCGUUCGCAAUCGAUACAACCGGAGACGUCGCGGAGACGCAGAAGUUCGUGAAGCAGUUAGUCAACAACAUGGCAGACUCCGAGAACUCCAUUCACUUCGGUAUUCUAACAUACGGCGAGAAGGCCAACACUGUGACAAACUUUAGAGACUUCCAGUCCGAAGCUAAGAUUAAGGAGCUUGUUGAUGGUAUCGCGUCCACCCCAGGUGGCCGCAGAACUGAUGUGGCGCUCAGACAGGUCAAGACCGAUCUGUUCAGCCUCGAAGGUGGCAUGAGACAAGGCCACCCGAAAUAUGCGAUUGUCGUCACUUCCGGAGCUACCGCGGCAGGCUCAGAAGACCUCGCCAAGGCGUCGAAAGAUCUUCGGGAGCUCGGUGUUAAGGUCGUCGUCGUUGCCGCAAACAGCGGAGCCGAUGACUCGGACUUUGCGAAGCUUGCAAGUGACCCAGAGCUGGUAUUCAAGCCUGAUGGUGGCCAACUGUCAGAUCUCGCUGUGAGCAUGACGAAGAAGCUUUGUAAUGCCAAACCAGGCACGUGUCCCCCGACAAGUGGCGGUGGUUCUUGUGCAUCCGUUCGUGCCGAGGCCAUCCCCUGUGGUGAAUCGAUCCCGGGCAAGGAAGGACGAGCUGACAAGGUCAACGACUGGGACUGUCCCGGGGAGCAGAGGUGCUGCAAAGAUGACAAUGGCUGCUCGGUCUGCCGUCAUCCACCAAACGAAUGUAAGGGACAAUACGACCUGGCGAUCCUAUUGGACGCGUCUGCUGACAUCGGGGAGACUGGAUUCGAAUACGCCAAGACCUUCGCUAAACAGCUUGCCUCUGCUUUUGAUGUGUCUUCAAAUGGGGCGCAAAUUGCCUUGAUUUCAUAUGGCGCAUCUGCAAAGGCGGACUUCUCACUGAAGCGCUACAAAGACAAAGAUCAGGUCCUAAAAGCUAUAGACAACGUUCCUUACCAGGGAGGGGCGUCCGCUACAAGCGAAGCUUUGCGAACUGCCCUCAGUGACGUGUUCCCUGCCGCAAAGGGUGCGCGUGAAGGCGUUAACAAGUCUCUCGUCAUCAUCAGCACAGGCCGGUUCCAAAACCCUGCGGCCGCGAUCAGCCUGGCUGGUCAGCUGAAGCUCCAACAAGUAGACGUGUUCGCCGUACCUGUUGGCAACAAACCCGACCUCGCGACCCUCAGGAAUGUGGUGUCGCGCAAAGAAGAAAAGAACGUGUUUAUGACGACUUCCCCUGAGGCCUUGCGGCCACAUCUCAGGGCUGUGACUGAUACUAUCUGCGCAGGCGCCGAGAAGAUCAAAGUUUGUGACAAAAAGAUGGAUGUGAUGUUUGGAAUACCCACCGCUACAGAACUUGGUGACAGUUUUCAGAAAGUCAAAGACUUCUACAGUAACAUGGUCAAACUUUUCAAGGUUUCCAACAGACACGUGCACGUCGGGCUUAUACCGUACAGCAAUACCGCCUCAAUGACGCAAAAACUCGACUCAAUCUACGACAGACCAGCCCUCCUUUCCGCCAUCAACGACCUGAGACCUUCCGGUAGCGGCUAUAAUGUCGCUGACGCUCUCCGAGUCGCUGCCGAUCACGCGUUUACCAUCUUCGGAGGUGUUCGGCAGACGGCUCCGAAGACGUUCGUGCUUUUCUUGCCUGGUGACGCGACAGGAGCUCAGGAAGAGAUCAAUGCGGCUGCGCAGAAGCUUAAGAGCAUGGGAGUGAGGCUCAUGAUUGCUGAGCUGAAACCUAAAGAUGCGGCAGUUAACGCCCUAGCUGCCUCUCAGCCCCCCCGCAAACACCACCUGACGGGAGACUUUGAUGCAAUCAACGCUGCCGUGUAUGAUGCCGUCAACACGAUCUGUAAAGCCAAGUAUGGCAAGUGCCCAGCCUUCCCUCCACCAAAACCUGCCGAGUGUCCGCCUGACCAAGACGACGAGUGCUCCGUGGACGAGGACUGCGAAGGGCCCGAGGACGUCUGCUGUGCCGGAGGGUGCGGGAGGGAGUGCAGACCUCGAGUCAAGAAUUGCUUUGUCGCCAUGGAUAUCGCCAUUGCGGUGGACUCAAGCGCUAGUGUCCCGGAUGACGAAUUUGAAAAUGUGAAGAACUUCGUCACACGCAUCGUCAACUCCAAUUCAGAUUCCGAGAACAGCAUCCAUUUUGGCGUCCUGCAAUUCGGCGCAGAGACCAAAACAUUGACGUCAUUCCAGAAAUUCGCGUCUGAAGCGAAACUCCGCGACCUUAUCAAGGGCAUGCAAAAGCUGGAUGGCGACAGAAAGUUUGACACAGCACUCAAGGGUAUCAGGAAAGAUAUCUUCAGCCUUGAAGGACGCAUGCGCCAAGGGAGACCCCGUUUUGCUAUCGUUAUCACUUCCGGUGCAAGUGCCGCGGUCUCAGCAGAAUUAGCGAAAGCGUCUAAGGAGCUUACUGAUAUUGGCGUAAAGAUAAUUGCAGUCGGUACUAAUGCCGGCGUGGGCGAUGAUACACUGAGGCAGCUUGCGACCGAGCCUAAUCUCAAGUUUACUGCAAACAAACCUGAAGACUUCAGAACAUUGUGGAAUGAUAUCGAGAAGCAAAUGUGUUCACCAAAGCCUGGCAAGUGUCCACCCUCCCCUCCCUCGGGCGGAUCCUGCGGAGAUGCCCCCCCUGAAGAGAUCCCGUGCGGCGAGUCUGUGGCGGGUAAAGAAGGCAGGACCGACAAAGAAAACGAUUGGGAUUGCCCUGGAGAACAAAGGUGCUGCAAGAGCGACGAUGGAUGCCACUCGGUCUGCAAGGAACCUCCAAACGUCUGUAACGGUCAGUUCGAUCUCACGCUGCUAUUGGAUACCUCUGAUGACGUCACUGAGAAAGGAUUUAAGAAGGUGCAGACGUUCGCUAAGAACCUGGUCGAUGCGUUUAAUGUCGGUGAUAUGGGUACGCGUGUGUCUCUCAUCUCGUAUGGCGAGAAACCCAAGCUUGACCUCAAGCUCACAGGGAUUUCCGGAGUCAAUAGCGACAAGGUGAAAAACGCGAUUGACAGGGUGAGGUUUGGAGGGGGUGGAGCCUCGUCGACAGCGGAUGCGCUUGAGGUCGCCGUCAAGGAGGUGUACACUGACAGAGAGAUGAGACCAAGUGCUAACAAGUCUCUGGUCAUCAUUAGCACCGGAAAGUUCCAGAACCCCGCGAAGGCUGCUCGACUGGCAGGAGCCCUCAAGCAAGCCCAAGUGGACGUAUUCGCUGUCCCAGUUGGGGAGAACCCAGACAUCCCGGCGCUCAAGAAGAUCGUCUCACACAUCGUCGACAACAACGUGUUUAUGACGUCAUCCUAUGAUGCAUUGCGGCCCCACCUGCGCUCGCUGACGAAAACGAUCUGUGAUGGUGCUGAAAAAUUGAAAGAAUGCAAAAUCCCUAUGGAUGUUGUGUAUGGUAUCCCUGUGUCGAACUCACUCGGCCCAGACUUCGACAAAGUCAAGGACUUCUUCACGAGCAUGACGAAGCAGUUUGGCGUGUCCAACCGCUUGACCCAUGUGGGUCUCGUCCCGUACAGCAACAAUGCGCGCUUGGCUGUGGCUCUAGACAAGGCAUACGACAAGAACAAGCUCAUCGAGACUAUCGAGAACCUAAAACCUUCUGGCAGCGGCUUCAACAUUGGCGCCGCCCUGCGAGUUGCCACAGACCACGCUUUCACGAUGUUCGGGGGGGUGCGUCAAACGGCGCCCAAGACCUUCGUCCUUUAUGUCCCAGACAAGGCGGACACCCCUCGGGAUGCCAUAGAAGCAGCCGUCAAGAAACUCAAGUCCAUUGGCGUGCGCCUGAUGAUCGUAGGGAUCAAGGAUAGGGUGGACAAGGCGGCCUUCUCUACGCUCUCAACCCAGCCACCCAGGAAGCAUCUGUUGCACGGGGGGUUUGACGAAGUCGGCGCCCAGGUGUACGAUGCAGUGGAAACCAUUUGCAAAGCUCGUUACGGCAAGUGUCCCGCGUACCCACCUCCUGCACCUCCAGAGUGCCCACCCGAGGCGAAAGACGAGUGCGCGACCGACGGAGAGUGCCAGGGCGACGACGUCUGCUGUGUUGGAGGCUGUGCCAGGGAGUGCAGACCGCAAGUCAAGAAUUGUUUCGUAACCAUGGAUGUCGCCAUUGCUAUCGACAACUCAGCAAGCGUCUCUGACGAGGACCUCGAAGCAGAGAAGAAGUUCGCUACUCAGGUAGUAAACUCGAUCUCAAGCGCCGAGAACAGCAUUCAUUACGGCGUCCUUCAAUUUGCCGACUCUUCCCAAACACUCGCCAACUUCAACGGCCUUAAAACAGACUCACAAAUCCGGCAACUUAUUAAAGACAUUAAGAAGAGUGCAGAACCCUCUAGAAGGAUCGAUGUCGCUUUGAAGCAGAUCAAGAGAGAUAUAUUCAGCUUGGAAGGAGGGAUGAGACAAGGCCACCCACGGCACGUCAUCGUGAUUACCGCCGGAGACUCCUCGCCCGAUUCCGAAGAUUUGGCGACAGCAUCAAAGGGGUUACGAGAGCUCGGCGUUAAGAUUGUGUCGGUCGGCAUCAAUAGCAAUGUAGAAACGGCGUUCCUUACUUCACUGGCAAGUGAGGAUCGAUUAGCGUUCAAGGCGUCUUCUCCCGAGGAGCUAAAGACUCUCUGGUCACGUGUGGAAAAAGAGCUAUGCUCAGUUAAGCCCGGCCAGUGUCCACCAGCUAAGAGCGCCGAGUGUGGGUCAGAGAUCCCAGCAUCAGAUAUACCUUGCGGUGACUCGGUGGCGGGGAAAGAAGGAAGGAGCGAGAAAGAGAACGACUGGGACUGCCCGGGUGAGACGAGGUGCUGCGCUGACGGAUGCGGGAGAACCGUGUGCAGAGAGCCUCCAAAUGAAUGCGCAGGGAAGUUCGACAUCACUUUGGUUCUGGACUCUUCAAAUGCGGUCGGAUUAGACGGAUUCAAUAAGGUGAAAACCUUCGCUGGUCAGCUUGUGGAUGCCUUCAACAUUGGAGAUACCAAGUUCGCCGUGAUCACGUCUGGUAAAAGCACAAAGAUCGACUUUAUGUUCAACACGCUGAAAGGAGGGGCUCUGAGUAAAGAUGGUAUCAAGUCAAGGAUAGAGUUCGCCACUUUUCAAGGGGGGGAUGCCCCUGAUAUUGGAAGGGGGCUGGGCCACGCCCUGGACGAGGUGUUUAAGACGCAGAAUGGAGCACGUCUGAGGUCCAAAAAGCGAUUGGUGAUCAUCGGAUCCGGCAAGAUGACGGACGCAAUUAAAGCCGCUGCCAUUGCCUCCAAGCUGAAGCAGGACAAGGUUGGUCUGUACGCAGUGCCCGUUGGGGGACAGGGCGACCUUCCUGCCAUCAAGAAGAUCGUGUCUGAUGUUGUCGAGAAGAAUGUAUUCAUGACGUCUUCCUAUGAUGCUUUGCGGCCCCACUUGCGUGCCUUGACGAACGCUAUUUGCCUUGGACCUGUUGAUAUUAAGGCUUGUGAUGUCCCUAUGGACAUCGUGUUUGGCAUCCCAACAUCUGGCGCUUUCAAGCCCCAGCUAGAGACCGCCAAGUCCAUCUUUGGCUCCAUGCUGCGCCAAUUCAAUGUCAACAACCGUAAAGUGCACGUUGGGCUGAUCAAGUACGGCGACCGUGCCGAGAUGCCGCUUCACCUUGAUACCGAGUACAACCGCGACAAGAUCCAAUCAGAGAUUUCCAACCUUCAAAGUGCAGGUCUCGGCGUCGAUGUCGCAUCCGCCAUCAAGCUGGCGGCAGAUAACGCGUUUACGGUUUUCGGAGGUGUCCGCCAAACCGUACCCAAAACAUUUGUCCUGUUUGUGCCUGGUAAAGCGUCAGUGCCCAAUGAUGUCAUCGCAGGGGCGGCUGCUAAGCUGAAGAGCAUGGGAGUGAGGCUACUGGUUCUGGCGCUGGAGGGAGCGGAUAAGGACUUGUACAAGUUGUCGGCGUCGCAGCCUACUCGAAAGUUCUUGGUCCAUGGGAAUGCUGACGUGCUUGGAGCUAAUCUGUUGGAUACGGUGGAGACUGUUUGCAAAGGACGUUAUGGAAAAUGUCCAGCUUUCCCGCCACCCGCCAGCAACUGUUCAACAGACGGUGCAGACGAAUGUGCAGUGGACCAGGACUGUAAAGCGGGCGAAGUUUGCUGUGAAAGCGGAUGCGCCAGUGGCAACAUGAUCUGCCGCCCUGUAGUCAAGAACUGUUUCGUUACGAUGGACGUGGCGCUGGCGGUUGACACCUCAGACGGAAUGAGCGACGCGGAUCUCGCAAAGACCAAGAGCCUCGUCACUACACUUGUCAACCAAUUCUCCGACUCUGAGAACUCUAUCCGUUUCGGCAUUACAACCUACGGCCAAGAAGCACGUACUCUUGCGAACUUCAAACAGAACUUUGACGAAGCCAAGCUCCGCACCGCCAUCAAGGGAAUCCAGAAAACCGGAGUGCAGGCACGGAGACACGACCUCGCCGCAAUGGCGGUGAAGAACGAUUUGUUCAGCUUGGAAGGUGGCAUGAGGCAGGGACAUCCUCGAUUCGUGAUAUUUUUCUCUGCGGGCGCAAAUACCGGGACUGCAGACGACCUGAAGAAGGCGUCCAAGCCCUUGACUGAUCUUGGAGUGAAUAUGAUAGCGAUUGGAGUGAACAGUAACGCAGAUCAAGCAUCUCUCGCUGAACUCGCCUCUGAAAAUCGCUUCAUUUUCUCGGCAAAUUCGCCUGCCGAGUUGGAUGCGCUAUGGCCGUCGAUAGAGGCGCAGAUGUGCCAAGAAAAGCCUGGCAAGUGUCCACCCUCCCCUCCCUCGGGCGGAUCAUGCGGAGAUGUCCCCCCUGAAGAGAUCCCGUGCGGCGAGUCUGUGGCUGGUAAAGAAGGCAGGACCGACAAAGCAAACGAUUGGGAUUGCCCUGGAGAACAAAGGUGCUGCAAGAGCGACGAUGGAUGCCACUCGGUCUGCAAGGAACCUCCAAACGUUUGUGAGAACGCGGCCCAUGAUCUGGCGAUCCUCAUAGAGUCGUCGGACUCGGUGGGUGCGGCCGGAUUUGAGAAGGCCAAGAAAUUCGCGAAAGACAUCGUGAACGCUUUUAAGAUCGGAACAUCCGGGACACACGUUUCUGUCACCACCUUUGGCGCCAGCUCGUCAGUGAACUUCAACUUCAAUAGCUUCUCGGGUCCACAACUUACGGCAUCUUACAUCAACGAGAAUAUCGACCAAAUCAAGUUCCUCGGAGGGUCCCCUGCAGCAGUGAACGCCGCGCUAGAUCAAGCCGUCAACAAUGUGUUCUCAGAUAUCAACGGAGCGCGCGAGGGUGUCAAUAAGUCGCUCGUCAUCAUUGGCUCCGGUCAGUUCCAAGACCCUGCCGUGGCUAUCGGUCUGGGUGCCGCUCUUAAGCAGAACCUAGUAGACGUCUUCGCGGUCCCUGUGGGUGAUAACCCGGAUGUAGCAACUCUAAGAUCCUUCGCCUCGCCCAACGUGGAGAAAAACGUGUUUAUGACGUCAUCCCACAAUGCACUGCGGCCUCACGUUCGCGCGGUUACCAAGGCCAUCUGUGAUGGCGCCAUUAAAAUCCGAAAGUGUGACAGACCUGUUGACGUGUAUUUCGGGAUCCCUGUAUCCGGCAGCGUGGCGCCGCAGUUUGCCAACAUCAAGAAGAUGUUCACAAGCCUGUUAAGCCUGUUGAAGGUCAACAACAGACUGGUGCAUACCGGUUUGAUCCGGUAUAGUGACACCGCUGACGUGGUGCUCAACUUGAACCGUGUAUACAACAGGGACGCCGUGGGCGCGGUUAUCAAUCAGAUCCCCAUUUCUGGCUCGAGUCUAAAUCUUGCGCGCGCAUUCGAAGUAGCAGCAGACCACGGUUUCACCAUAUAUGGCGGCGUUCGGCAAACUGUACCAAAGAUCUUUGUGGUGUACAUUCCCGGUCCAGUCUCCAGUCCCCCAGCCGAGGUCCAGGCCGCGGUUACUAAGCUCAAAGGCUUGGGAGUUAGGGUGGUCCUUCUCGGCUUGGACAGCAACAUCGACAAGUCGCUGUACAGCACGGUGUCCACACAACCGUCAAGAAAGUUUGUACUGACCGCUGACUCAUUCGCCGGGCUCAAUCUUGCUCUCAACGCCGCCGCCAACAGAAUUUGCAACGCCAAAUAUGGUCGCUGUCCCAAACCCCCGCCAGCUCCUCCGUCCUGCCCGGCCGAGGACGACUUGGCCCAUGAGUGCUCAGAAGACAAAGAUUGUAAAACAGAAGGCGACUUGUGCUGCCAGGACGGAUGCAAGCAAAGGACAUGCAAGGAUGGAGUGAAGAACUGCUUCGUGCCGAUGGAGAUCGCCUUCGCUUUAGACGUGUCUGAGACCGUCAGCUCACAGGACUUCGACUACUCCAGGGACUUUGUCAAGGAGAUGAUCCGGCGAUUUGCCGACUCCGAAAACGACAUCCACACAAGUAUCAUGGAGUUCGCAGGCAGCGCCAGAACGCUGACCCCUGGCUUCAAAAAAGCGCGCUCAGAAGCGGACCUGCGCAGUGUUAUCGACAACAUGAAGAAAACAAAUGACCCGACAAGACGGGUGGACCUUGCCCUGAAAACCGCCAAGAAGGAGAUCUUUAGCUUGGAGGGCUAUACGCGACAAGGCCACCCACGUUACCUGGUAUUUGUGGUUUCCUCGGCAACGUCCGCUGACUCAGGGGAUCUGCUUGAGGCUCGUAAGGAGCUAGAUCGACUGGGUGUUAAGACUGUUGCUGUCGGCAUGAGCUCGAAUGUGGAUAAAGCCUUUCUAAAUCAACUCGCCUCGUCUAGCGACCUGGUGUUCGAGUCAGUUAGUGCCGAGAGCCUGGAGAAAAUCAGGCCUCAAGUAUUGGCUGGAUUCUGCGCCGAAAAGCCAGGUCAGUGUCCUCCCGGACCAGUUGGUGGAGACCCGCCUGAUCCCGCAGUAUGUAACGCCCGCGCCGAGAUCAUUCCAUGCGGAGACUCGGCCAAGAAAGCCGGACGCAGUCAGCGGGAGAACGACUGGGACUGUCCGGGCGAACAGAAGUGCUGCAGGGACGUGGAUACAGGGUGCUUCGUCUGCAAGGAGCCCCCUCUGGAAUGCAAAAAGACAAAGGACAUCGAGCUGAUCGUAGAGUCUUCGGAUACUAUCGGGAAAGCCGGCUACGAGCGCCUAAAACUCUUCCUCCAGUACUUCGCCUCCGCCUUUAGUGUGUCACGUGACGGGGCACACAUCGGCAUGAUCUCCUUCGGAUCACGGUCACGUGAGGAGUUCCGCCUCAGCUCGUUCAGUGAUAUCCAAUCAGUGAACACGGCUAUCGGCAAGUCGCGUUUCCACGGAGGGCGUUACGCGGUGCCCACCAACGCGCUUACCACAGCCCUUGACAUAUCGCUUACCAACAGGGGAGGGGCUAGAGACAACGUCAAUAAGAGUGUCGUAUUUUUCACGACGGGCCAGUUCGACAAGCCAGACACCGCCCUUGCUGUCGCGCAGCAGAUGAAGGAGGAGCUUGUUGACGUCUAUUCUGUCGUCAUUGGCGACAAGCCAGACCUGCAGACCAUCCGUCAACUGGUGUCACGGCCAACAGAGGACAACGUCUUUAUGAUGUCGUCCACUGACGCGCUGAGGGCGCAGGCUCGGGCACUCGUCAAGAGGGUCUGUGACGGAGCUGAAAAGAACCUAAUGGUAAGUAUAAUGCCGAAAGUUUGUAUCUCUGUCAUCUGGUUGACUCUAAAUGCCAAAAUCAGAACAAACGGCCUAUGAGAAAUACCAUGUGAAAAUGACGGCAGAUCAUGGAUUUGUCACCAUGUUAACCAUAUUACCAGUGCACCAUUGCGUUCUGUAAUGAUGCCACGCAAAUCGAAACAUGUUCCUCUCGAGGGUCGUGACAUGGAAUGGAAGGUGUCACGUCACGUGUUGCGUGACAAUACAAUGUAACCCAUUAUGAGUUGCGUGACUUGUUAUGUUUAUCAGGCUUGAUAUGAAAUAACAUACAGUAUAUGUUGUUUAAUGUCACGUUCAGUAUUGCGUGACGACGGUUAGUAAGUUGUGACAUAUUGUGCGAUAUUUUGUUCUGUGACACAAUCAAAUGUAACGCAAUAUAUAUGCGUUUUGGUAUUAAUUUCUAUUGGUAUUUGACUUUGAUAUCUCUCUUGUUUUGAAUCCUAUUUUUUUUUGGAUAGGAUAUUGCUGUUGUUGUGUUCUAUUGUGUUACAAGAGUCGCACGGCUCAGCUGUCUGCGUAUAGAUUUUUAUUUUCCACACAGAAUAGAUAACUCGACGGAAACAACCUCGGGACCUCGAGACGGUAAACAAUUAAUUAUAUCCGGUUUUUUUCUUCAGUGGAACGUCGUCAAUAAGGACAUACCCAUUAAUAAUGACACAUCCCCCCCCCCCCCCCCCCCCCUCAGCGCUACCACCGAUCCCUAAAAAGUGGGAAAGGUCGUGAAUAUCAUACAUUUUCCAAAUGAUAUUUAUGACCUCGGCAAAUCCUGGGUUAGCACCUGUUCGGGACCCCAUAAACUCUCUUAACUAACAACUGGUCCUUUUAAGCAUUACAAAAACGGAUUUAUAAAAAAAGAGCAUUUUCUAUGGGACUAUGAAAAUUGUCCUUAAUUACGGGUUCCAUUGAUUUGUUUCUUUUUUUUGCUGUUGUUGUUUUGUUUUGUUGUGUGAUUCACAGAUCAGACGUGGCCACAAGCAAAUAAAGGAAUGGUAAACUUUGCAUAGCCAUUUUUCCUCGAUGGUUUGUCUAUCUCUCGCUUUUCCUUUGUCUGUUUUGGCUCGCUACUAGUGGGCUUUAAUUUGGGAUUAUUUGGAAAUGUUUGUUAUCGAACGUUUGGAGUUCUGUGGUGCGCGGGAUGAGAUGCACUGGGCCGGCUUCUACGCGUACUUUCAUCCCCAGUGCUCCUUUGCCGCUUAGCGCAUUAUCAUAGAAAUGACCAUAAUUCCCGUAUAUCUCCAAAUGAGAGCGUGUUGGUUAAGCUAUCUAUUUGUCUGUCCCGACAUUUUUCUGACGGUCGUUUUACUUGUUGGUCUCCCCUUUGUCUACCUGCCUGUUUUGUCAAUAUUUUCUAUUUCUGCCUUUGCAUUCCAAUUACAGCCAGAUCUAUGUGGAUUUACGAGGAGUCAACGAGGAGUCUUUCACAUGAAAGGGAUUGAUGAAUUUCACUGACAUUUGCUUUCUUUUCUCAAGAAUGUUUAUCAUCAACACUUUGCGAUUUUAUACAAUAUUAAUUUCAUUGUCAUUAUAUUAUCUUUUAAUAUUCAUUUAUUUGUUUAUUUAUUUAUUUGAUUAUUUAUAUUUAUUUUCUGGAAAUAAACUGUAUUUUUAUUGUA